AUGUUAUCGUGGAACUUAGCUUGCGCUCCUUAUUCCAGGGGCGUGGCAAGGUCCGCACGUCUGCAAUUACGGCCAUCGCCUCGAGUCCAUGCGCGACUCUGGCGGUUUCAUGCAAUCGAGAGCAUCCGAAGCUACUCAACCCCGUUCCACGAUGAAUCCGCCUCAAAGCGAUCGCUUUCGAGUGAGCCGCCCGUCACUGCCUUCCCUGAAGGUGCUUCAAACAAUGUCACUAACCAAACCACAGUCCCCGCCUCCCCUAGGUUCAACGAAAUCGGCGUUCAGCAACUGAGCGACUAUGUCCACCCCCAAGUCUUCCCAAGCAAAGGCCGAACGCCAAACCCUGAGCUGAUCGCCCUGUCCCGAGAUCACCUUGCGAGACAUGACCUGCUAGGCAAAUCACAAACCGGAGCGGAACCUAUUGCGUUUGAUCUCCCAGCGAUCCAAGGCAAGACGCUUGACGAGCAUUUCCACAAGCUAGGCAUGGAUGCAUCCGAGCCAUAUCUAUCCAACGCUAAGUAUUACGCAAGUGUGAGCUGUCCAUCGAAACCGCGAAAAUGGGUGAAACGAAGUGGGUGGACCAAAUAUAAUGCAGAUGGGACUUCCGAGCCAGUGGAUGCGCCCAACGAAGAAAUGAUCACAUUCGAUACGGAGGUUAUGUACAAAGAUCAUCCAUUUGCGGUGAUGGCAUGCGCGCCACGUAUUGUUGUUGGCCAUAAUAUUGGAUACGACCGAGCGCGCGUUUUGGAGGAAUAUGACUUGCGCCAAACGAACAACUUCUUCCUGGAUACCAUGUCACUUCAUGUCGCUGUAAAUGGAAUGUGUUCUCAGCAGAGACCAACAUGGAUGCGCCAUAAGAAGAACAAGGAUUUAAGAGACAAGAUCGCGAAUGAUCAUAAUUCGGUGGAAUUGGCUUCCCUGGUUGAGAACAAUAUGCUGAGAGAAGAAGAGGAAGAGCUUUGGGUGGGCCGGAGCUCAGUGAACUCCCUACGCGAUGUGGCCAAAUUCCACUGCGACGUGACUAUUGAUAAGGCGCAGCGAGAUUUCUUCGGGGAGUUGGAUAGAGAGACUCUAUUGACAAAACUCGAGGAGCUCCUGGAUUACUGUGCUGCUGAUGUUUCCAUCACCCAUCGUGUCUACCGAAAGGUCUUCCCUAACUUCUUAGAAACAUGCCCACACCCGGUGAGCUUUGGUGCGCUACGGCACCUGUCGUCUGUGAUCCUUCCUGUGAACCAGACAUGGCAGCAGUAUCUGGAAGAUGCGGAGCGAACGUACCAUAAACGACUUGAUGAUGUGCAACGGAAACUGAUUGAACUGUGUGAUGAAGCUUUGAAAAUUAAAGAGCAGCCCGAGGUCUAUACGGCUGAUCCAUGGCUGCAGCAGCUGGACUGGUCUGGCCAAGAGAUUAAAAUGGUCAAAGGGAAGAAGAAGGGCGAUCCGCCACGCCCUGCUGCUCGGCAGAAGAAACCCGGGAUGCCUAAAUGGUACAAAGAUCUGUUCCCAUCCAGCAAUGCCGACAUCAACCUUACUGUGCGAACUCGGAUUGCGCCGAUCCUGCUCAAAUUAUCAUGGGAUGGUUAUCCGCUGAUUUGGUCUGACAAACACGGGUGGACUUUCCGAGUUCCUCAUGAUCAACUCAAGAAGUACGAAAAUCAACCUGUGAUCCGCUGUGACAUGGCCGAGGAGAAAAUCAUUGAGCUCCGCGAUGACCGGAAAAAUGCAUAUUUCAAGAUUCCUCACAAGGACGGGCCACAGGCCCGGUGCACAAACCCUCUGGCCAAGGGCUACAUGCAAUACUUUGAACGUGGAAUAUUGUCGUCUCAAUACGCACUUGCCAAGGAGGCUCUGGAUAUGAAUGCGUCCUGCUCUUACUGGAUCAGUGCGCGAGAUCGUAUCAUGGGUCAAAUGGUGGUCUACCAGGAUCAAAUCCAGGAGCAAGCGGCUGCGACAGGAGACGACGACCAUCGACUAGGUUUUAUUCUACCUCAAGUGAUUCCCAUGGGGACAAUCACCCGCCGAGCUGUGGAGAAUACCUGGCUGACAGCAAGCAAUGCGAAGGCCAAUCGAGUUGGCUCGGAACUCAAAGCUAUGAUCAAAGCGCCACCUGGAUAUGCAUUUGUUGGGGCGGAUGUUGAUUCGCAAGAGCUUUGGAUUGCAAGUCUCGUUGGUGACGCAUCUUUCCAGAUCCAUGGUGGCAAUGCAAUUGGUUUCAUGACUUUGGAAGGCUCCAAAUCUCAGGGAACUGAUUUGCAUUCUCGCAGCGCAAGCAUCCUCGGAAUUUCUCGCAAUGACGCCAAGGUCUUCAACUAUGGUCGUAUAUAUGGAGCCGGCGUCAAGUUUGCUGCUACUCUUCUUCGCCAAUUCAACCCCUUGCUGACAGAGAAAGAGACCCAGCAGACGGCAGCAAAUCUGUACAAGGAGACUAAGGGCGUCAGAACCAGCCGUCGUCUUCUAAGCGACAAUCCUUUCUGGCGCGGUGGUACUGAAUCUUUCGUCUUCAAUAAAUUAGAAGAAUUCGCCGAUCAGGAAAGACCCCGUACGCCAGCUCUCGGCGCCGGGAUCACUGAAGCGCUCAUGCGUCGCUUCAUCAACAAAGGCAGCUUCAUGACGUCUCGGAUCAACUGGGCUAUCCAGUCAUCCGGUGUCGACUACCUUCACCUGCUGAUUGUUGCUAUGGACUAUCUGAUCCGACGAUUCAAUAUCCAAGCUCGCUUAGCGAUUACUGUGCAUGAUGAAAUCCGAUAUUUGUCAAAAGAAGAAGAUAAGUACCGUACUGCUUUGGCAUUACAAGUUGCCAACGUCUGGACGCGUGCCAUCUUUUCCCAGCAAGUGGGCAUUGAUGACCUGCCACAGUCGUGUGCCUACUUUUCAGCCGUUGAUGUCGACCACGUUCUCCGCAAGGAAGUUGACAUGGACUGCAUCACUCCCUCCCACCCCCACGGCAUUGCACCUGGAGAAACUUUGGACAUUUCUCAGUUGCUAGACAAAGGUCAAAAGGCGUUCCUUGAUCCGUCUAUAGUCCCCGUAUCCCCACCACGCCCCGAGAAAUACCCCUAUACCCCACGGGAGUCUGUCAUGUCUGCUCUCCAGGGAUCUAACGAUCUUGCUUUCAUCAGAGCUCAAAUCACCAAAGACGAUAAGGAGCUUCGCGAGAUCAUCAAAGAGCAAACCCAGGCCGCUGCUACAACCAAAAAACCCUCAACUCGCUCGACCACCACGAAGUCUCGAGGCAAGUCGACUGGUUGGGCCUCAGCAGAGCCCCAGCGGGCCGUUCUCAUGGACGUGGAGUCCGGCCUCUAUCCUGAUUUCCGAACACCACCACGAACUCCCUCUCCCAGCUCCCAAACCCUCUACCGUCCUACCUGGAAAUCUCGACCGUCGGCUCGGGCAUAG